GCCUCGGGCGGGGGCGGCGUGCGCAGUGACGCAGGGCUGGGUUUCCAUUUUCGCAGCGAGUUUCGGGGGAACAACAACAUGGAGCCGGACAUGGAGGACAAGAGCCUGGAGCUGAUGUGCUCAGUGCCCCGCUCUCUCUGGUUGAGUUGCUCCUCGGUGGCAGAGAGUUUGUGUGCACUGAGGUGCCUGCGGAGCAUGCCCAGUGUCCCGGGUCUCCAGAACACCUCUGUGAUGGAGUCUCAGAAUGAAGACCUUUCCCCAAAGAAGACGACCGUGUUCAAGAUUAGUAACGGGCCAGUGAUGGGUUCCAGGAAGCGCCCCUCCGAGGGGAACUAUGAGAAGGAGAAGGACGUGUGCAUCCAGCUGUUUGACCAGUGGUCCGAGGCCGACCAGGUUGAGUUCGUCGAGCACCUAAUCUCCCGCAUGUGUCACUACCAGCACGGGCACAUCAACUCCUACCUCAAGCCCAUGUUACAGAGGGACUUCAUCACUGCGCUGCCCGCCCAGGGUCUGGACCACAUAGCGGAGAACAUCCUGUCGUUCCUGGAUGCCCGGUCGCUGUGUGCGGCCGAGCUGGUGUGUAAGGAGUGGCAGCGAGUCAUCUCGGAGGGCAUGCUGUGGAAGAAGCUGAUCGAGCGCAUGGUCAGGACAGACCCCCUCUGGAAGGGGCUCUCCGAGAGGCACCAGUGGGAGAAGUAUCUUUUUAAAAAUCGCACAACAGAAGUCCCGCCGAACUCUUACUACCGCUCCUUGUACCCCAAAAUCAUACAGGACAUUGAGACCAUCGAGGCGAACUGGCGGUGCGGCCGGCACAACCUGCAGCGCAUCCAGUGCCGGUCGGAGAACAGCAAGGGGGUUUACUGUCUGCAGUACGACGACGACAAGAUCAUUAGCGGCCUGAGGGACAACUCCAUCAAGGUCAGAGGGCAGGAGGGAGGAGAGGAAUGGGACCGGAGGGGAGGAGGGGGGAAGAUCAAAGUGUGGGAUCUGCAAGCGGCCCUGGACCCCCGUGCCCCAGCCAGCACCCUGUGUCUGCGCACGCUGGUGUCUCUCCUCAUCAGCGUGUGGGACGUGAAUUCGGGGGAGGUGUUGAACACCCUGAUCCACCACAACGAGGCGGUGCUGCACCUGCGCUUCAGUAACGGGCUGAUGGUGACCUGCUCCAAGGACCGCUCCAUCGCCGUGUGGGACAUGGCCUCUCCCACCGACAUCAGCCUGCGCCGCGUGCUGGUGGGCCACCGCGCCGCCGUCAACGUGGUGGACUUCGACGACAAGUACAUCGUGUCUGCUUCGGGGGACAGGACCAUCAAGGUGUGGAGCACCAGCACGUGUGAGUUUGUGCGCACUCUGAACGGACACAAGCGAGGCAUCGCGUGCUUGCAGUACCGUGACCGGCUGGUGGUCAGCGGCUCCUCGGACAACACCAUCCGGCUGUGGGAUAUCGAGUGUGGGGCCUGUCUUCGGGUACUGGAGGGCCAUGAAGAGCUGGUUCGCUGUAUUCGCUUCGACAACAAGAGGAUCGUCAGCGGAGCCUACGACGGGUGAGCAUCGCACACACGCACACACACCACCUCCUGACGCACACACACACACCGCCUCCUGAGGCUGACGGCCCGCAGGCUCUGACCACACACACACACAGCGCCUCCUGAGGCUGAUGCACCGCAGGCUCUGACCCCCGACAGCACAUUUGCUGGCUCCCUGGU